CCCGCUUUAUUUGCUUCUCCGGUUUACUAUUCCACGAGUUUUUACAUGCUGUGGUGAAGCAUAGGGCCUGAUCUGGGCUGUGCCACGGUCUGUUAGGACUAUGGCAGUACAUGUUACAUGUCCCAGGGUACUGUGAGAUGUCCCACUUUAGCAAAUCCAGCUCCUAAAUGGGAGAAAUCGGCCCAAAUUUAGCUUCGUGUGCCAUUGACAUGCAUGUGCGCGAUCUCGUCAAGAUUUGCGAUGUUUUGUGCGAGAAUUGAUGUAAUUGCCAUACAGAUAAGAGGGAGUUAGUGGUUGCUAAUUGUGCCACACCAAAUAUCAAAGUUACCAGCCAUGCAGCCUGCAGCAGCCAUCGUCCUGGUGAUGCUCGGAUGCUGCUCCAACGUGGUCUUUCUGGAGUUCCUGACAAAAGCUCACCCCGGUUGUGGAAACUUGGUGACAUUUUCUCAAUUUCUCUUUAUAUCUGUUCAUGGAUUCCUGUUUACUAUGAGGUGUGGGAGAGAGUCUUCCAAGAUACCCAUUAGGGAGUACGUGAUCAUGGUUGGGAUGUUCUUCGCAUCAAGCGUGUUGAACAACUACGCGCUGAACUUCGGCAUCCCCAUGCCUCUUCAUAUGAUCUUCAAGUCGGGCUCUCUUGUCGCCAACUUGCUGAUGGGUAUGGUCGUGCUCAAGCGAUUUUACCGAAAGCACAAAUAUAUUGCGGUCGUGCUCAUCACCCUGGGCAUUAUCCUGUGCACUCUGGCAUCUCAGGCUGUGAAGAACGCCAAGAAGGCGGACGCGGCGGCGACGGUGGAGCAGCCGGCCGGCCUGGACCGCAGCAGUCCGGUGACGCUGGCCGUGGGCGCCGGCGUGCUGACCGCGGCGCUCCUGCUGUCAGCCCGGCUCGGCAUCUUCCAGGAGGUGCUUUACAAGACCCACGGCAAGCACGCCCAGCAGGCCCUCUUCAUCACGCACUCCCUGCCGCUGCCAGGCUUCCUACUGCUGAUGCCGGACAUCAUUCACCAUGCGCGGCUGUUCUCUGAGUCGGAGGCCGUGCUGGUCGGCACGCUCGAGCUGCCCGUCCCCAGGCUCUGGCUCUGCCUGCUCUGCAACGUCAUCACGCAAUACGUGUGCAUCAGCUCCGUGUUCCGGCUGACCGAGCAGUGCACCUCGCUGACGGUGACGCUGGUCGUGACGCUGCGCAAGUUCGUCAGCCUGCUCUUCUCCAUCUGGUACUUCGCCAACCCGUUCGUGGCGCAGCACUGGGUGGGCUCGGCGCUCGUGUUCGCCGGCACGCUGCUCUUCACCGACCCGUGCGGCGCGUUCGCGCCCAGCGGCCUCAUCGUCGAGAAGUAGCGCCGCGCGCCGCACCAGUACGGAUGGUGCGCGCACUGCUGGGUUCGGACGUCGGGCCGGGCGUCGACGCUACGGCCUGGAUGCGGAGAUGGUCACCGCAUCGCGUUUAGGCUGGCUUGCGCUGUUAUGCUCUUCUAGGGCACAAUUUGUUUGUGGUGUUACAUGUAAUCGAUUUAUGAUUAAUGCCAGUACAUAAUCCUCAUGGAAAUCUUGGGCUUGUCCUGUUCGUGUUUCCUAUGGUCUCUGAUUUUGUAUUGCUUGACUCAAAGUGUUGUAAGGGCUCACAGAGCUCGUAGCUGUUUCCACUCAUCAUUGUUGAUGUUCACCUUUCAUAGCGGGAGCGUUCUGGUGUCACGGGUGCGAUGAUGGUUUUUGCCUGAGUCUAGGUUGGGGACGCUUUAAUUGUGUGCGGGUAGCUGCGUGUUGUAUUUGCAGUUUGAUAUGGUGCGGGGCGCCUUUUCUAGCAGCUCUUUGCAGUGAUCGUGGCGUAGGUAGGUUCUCACGCACACUCACAAUCUGUUGUUUUGACCAUGUUUUACAAUACAUGCAAAAAACCAAU